UCUACUCAGGUUCCUGGGCUGCUGUGCGGCUUUUAUUCAAAAAUCACCAUUCCGAACUGAGAGCGAUCCGAUCUGAUCAGCACACGGCAUUUCCAGACAGAGGAGGCCCGCACACAGGACUGAUGCUGGGCUGAGGGUGAUGGGCUACAGGGCCAGUUAUGGCUCAUGGAAAAAGGCCAGGAACCAUCUCCAAACUAUUGGCUCCCAGUCCUCCACCAUGCACCACUAAAGGAAUCUCUAAACAGAGCCAAGAGGAAUACCACAGUUUAGACAAGGAGGAGUCUGAAGAACCACACUGUACCUUAGAGGAUGAUCACAAUGACCAGCUGACUCCUCCUGCUCCUGCAAAACACUAUUACAUGAGUUGUGACCCUAGUCCUGAAGACAUGGAGGACACAUGCUCUGAGUACGAUAACGUGGGCUCUGACGUUGAGCAGGACUAUGAUGAGGUCUUGCAUUUGAGCAGAGAGGGCAUUGUGGACAUGAGGUACUACAAACAGUACUGUCCUGAGGAGAGCGAAUAUAUGAAACAUGCUGUAGGUGAGAAUGUGGAGGAGACUGGUGGUGGCACUGAGGACCAGUUCAGUCCCAGACCCCAUCAUAGCACACAGAUUUCUGAGGUCUCACAGCCAGAGACGAAGCCUCAAAAAACAGGACACCGCUUUAGGUCACAUUGUGCUCCAGUUGCAGGAGAUGAAGCUGAGAGUAAAGUGGAAAAGGGCCAAGAGAAUAGGUAUUUUUUCAGUGAUGGAGACGAGAUAGAGGAAGUACUAGAUGGUGCCAAAUUCAUAGAGGAUUUAGAGGGGACAGAUUUUGAGGAAAAGAGUGUUCAAAGGCAGAGUAACAUUUAUCAGGGCAAUGACAAUGAAAAAAUGAGAAAAGCAGGCGAUGAAAGGGAAAGAGAAAAUGAAACACGAAUUACAAGAAACCAUAACAACCCAGGAGCGAGCAAGAAGUGUGAGUCGACUCACAUGGGUUUAAAAGAGAAGGAGAGGCCAAGUAAAGGACAGGGGAGAAGAGGAACAGGAGAGGACAUUGAGCAUAUUGUCUCUGGGAUGAAAGGAUGCACCACCAACAGCACUGAGCAGCGUCCAAAAACCUCGUCAAAGGACAGCAAAAAGGCCGCUGUGCGGACUAAAGCAAGAUCCAGUUCCAGUAAGCAACAUCCUCCUCCACCGCCACGUCAUUCCCAUCCUCAGCCACCCGCUGACCCCCAGAAGGUUCAGCCUUGUAGAGAGACCCCUCCCAUCCCCAGUCGGGACAGUGAACCCCAGGUUAUCAAACCAUCCCUGGCUCCUCCUCACACACAGGAACAACAGAGGAAACCUCUGGAGGAGAAACAGCGAGGGCCAGAGAAAACUCAGCAGGGUGAAAAGACAAGCACAGCCGUUAUGCCUGAGGAGGCACCAGAGCAGCCGAGGAGGCCUCAGUGUCCAGAGGUCGCCCCAGCCGAGGAGAACAGCACUCCCAAAAAAACACAAGAAGCUGCUACUUUCCCCAGCUUUGAGGAUGUCCCAGGUCCCUGUGAGCCAGAGGAUCUAAUUGAUGGGAUCAUCUUUGCUGCUAACUACCUUGGCUGCACUCAGGUGUUGUCUGAUAAAAACCCAUCCAAGUCUGUGCGCAUGUCCCAGGCCCAGGAAGCUGUCAGUCGUAUCAAGAGCCAAGAUGAAGACUCUCAGAUGAUGACAGAGGUGGAUCUGUUUAUCUCCACUAAAGCUGUCAAAGUGCUGAAUGCUGACACGCAGGAGACAAUGAUGGACAGUGCCUUGCGUACCAUCUCUUAUAUAGCUGACAUUGGCAGUAUUGUGGUUCUGAUGGCACGGAGACGCAUGUCUCAGGCAUCAUCAGAGGAAUUCUCAGAAUGUCCAGUUUCUACCAGUGAAGGAAAGAGUCAGUACAGGAUGAUCUGCUAUGUCUUCGAGUCAGAGGAUGCACAACUCAUUGCACAGUCCAUUGGACAGGCUUUUAGUGUGGCCUACAGAGAAUUCCUGCGAGCCAAUGGCAUCAACCCGACUGACCUGAGCCAGAAACAAUACAGCGAUAUCAUCAACUCCCAGGAAAUGUACCACGAUGACCUUGUCCAUUUCUCAAACUCAGACAACUGUAAAGAGCUCUAUAUUGAGAAGCAGAAAGGGGAAAGCCUCGGUGUGGUCAUCGUGGAGUCCGGCUGGGGCUCCAUUCUGCCCACUGUCAUCCUCGCCAACAUGCUGAAUAGUGGUCCUGCAGCUCGCUCUGGAAAACUCAGCGUCGGGGACCAGAUUAUGUCCAUUAAUGACACCAGUCUAGUGGGGCUGCCGCUGGCCACCUGCCAGGGUAUUAUCAAGGGUCUGAAGAAUAACGUGAAGGUAAAGCUGAGUAUAGUGAGCUGUCCUCCUGUCACCACCGUCCUCAUCAAGAGACCUGACCUUAAGUUCCAGCUCGGCUUCAGUGUUCAGAAUGGCAUUAUCUGCAGUCUGAUGCGGGGGGGCAUUGCAGAACGAGGUGGCGUUCGUGUUGGACACAGAAUCAUUGAGAUAAAUGGUCAGAGUGUUGUUGCUAUGGCACAUGAGAAGAUUGUUCAAACCCUGUCUGUCUCAGUGGGUGAGAUCAACAUGAAGACGAUGCCUGCUGUGAUGUUCAGACUGCUGACAGGACAGGAGACGCCUAUCUACAUUUAGAGACGCUGCAUACAUCAGCCCACUGUAGUGCAUGUCUGUCUGGGCGGGGGCAAAGGGAAGCUGCAGGACAGGUGGCACAGUGGGGACAGGAGAAUUUAUUUUUCUAUUAUUUUAUUUUUCAGCCUCUUGUUGCAAUGCUGUAAAGAACAUCCAGUUCUCAUUUUCAGGUUUUAUCUUGAAUUACAUCGUCAUAAUGGCCUUACAAUGUGAAUACUCUGUGUGUAGUGCGUUAUGUGAGUUUCAGUGUUGAAGAGAAGUAGCUUUAAGGUCAUGAUUAUUUUCUUAUGAAGAGAUAAAUGAGUACAUUUAUUUUUUAUUUAGUCAUUUUUAUAAUGUGUAUGGAGUUAAACUGUACUUGUACUGUAAAUACUUUGGAUUACUCAAGGACUUGGUUUGAAAGGCCAUAUUACUCCUACAGUAUAUGCAUGUUAUUAUGAAGAAAUACUGACCAGGGAUUAAUUCUCAAUCUGACAUGAUAAUCUAUUACAGUAUUAAAAGAAGAUAUUCUGCUGUACAAAGGCACUAUGUGUAUUACGGUGACGCUGAAGGCCAAAGACCCACCUACUUUUCAAAGACUUACAGUAUGGCUGAUCAUUACCUUUACCAGAGCGUACAAGAAUGUACAUUACUGAAUGAAUGUAAUGUUAAAUCAAUUCAACAAUACAAUUUCACUGCUGAA